AUGGUGCGCAACCUCAUGAGAGAAAGGAAGUGCGUCCUCAUAGACCUCAGAGGCGAAGACCAGGCGUCUGGAUUGAUCGAGGGUGCCUUGCACGUGCCCGCGGUCGACAAGGUGCCGUUCUUGACGAAGGUACCCGACCUUGUCCGGCAGUUCGCCGACGAGCGGUUGGUUAUCUUUACCUGCCAGUACUCCGCGCACCGGGCUCCUCAGUGCGCGAACUGGUACAGGCAGCGCACAGGGAGGCAGCAGCAGGUGGGCAUCCUGUCCGGUGGCUUCCGAGGCUGGGAGGCCGCUGGCCUUCCGGUCCAGGGCGUUCCACCGCCGGGCCAGGCCUUGGCCGCCGACGACACGGCGUUGCAGUUAGGGGCGCAGUUCAUGCUCAGCGUCGAUGCUGCGCGGCGGCAGGCCGCGCAGCCGCAGGAGCAGAGAUCUGGCAGCGCGGGCACGCUGGUGCAGGCGCAGGCAGGGGCACUUCCGAGGCAUCUGCCAGCGACUUACGCAGCGCCCCUGUCGCAGCAGGCGCCGCCCGCGCAGACGUCCUCCGUGCGUGCACCUGCGGGAGCGCAGCCAGCGCCACCUACGCCGCCGACCUUGGCGCCGCCUCAGCAUGAGGAGCUGCCCAGACGAGAGCCGCAGCACCCCGUGCCUCAGGCGCUGCCGCAGCAGGCGCCCCAGGCGCAGCAGCAGCAGCAGGCGUCCCAGGCGUCGCAGCUGGCGGCGGCGACGGCGCAGCAGGUGGCGGCACCUGCACCCCGGGUGCAGGCGGCGAGGAAGCCUUACGUGCCCCCGCACCUCCCGAACACCGUCCCCACGAUCAAGGGCGUCGAGCACAUCGACCCCGAGACCGUCGGGGACUUGCUGGCGGCGAACCAGUGCCUUCUGGUGGACUUGCGGGGGGAAGACCGCAGCUCGGGCCUGAUCGAGGCCGGGUGCUCGCCCAUGGCCUUCGCCUCGGCGGCGCUCUCCACGUUGGCGAUCGCGUUGUUCUGCGUCAGCUGGGCGUCCGGGGCGACGUGGGGCUCGUCAGACGCCUGGGACUCCAAGGCGACCGAGGCUUCCGCCUGGGGUCGCAACGACUGGCGAUCUGGCGAGCAGCAGCAGCAGACGGACACGUGGAACCCAGGCUGGAAACAUACGACAUAUGACACAUGGCGCUCUAGCGCCGGGAAAUGGGAGCCCAAUUUUGAUCAACGCAACUCCGACGGGGGCGAUUCCAAGCCGACGCAGGCAUCGCGGCGCAUAUGCGCAAAGUGGGGGUCGCAUGAGAUCUUCGAGAGCGAUCGGCAGCCCAUCCUGAAGGUGCUCGAACCGUUCAAAGUCGGGAGCGUCGAUCUGGCGGUCGACCCAGAGGCGGUAAUAUUGGCCAGGACUCCGGAACAUGAGCUGAUUGCGACCACGGCCAAGUUCACGCACCGAAACACGGGGGCCGACCCCGCGCGCGACGGGGAAGUCGAUCAAGGCCCCGACUAUCCCCGCAACGACGCCGCCAUGGCGUGGCUAAGUACAAAGGCGGGAGCGGCGUUCUGUGGCGGCAUCCGCCCGGGGCCCCGCGAAUGCUCGGUGGCGCAGCGCGCCUGGAGGCAGUGGGAGAACCCAGGCCCUGGCGAGGGUCCCCCCGGGGACGAGAUUUACGUGGAGACGAAGGGGGUGAUUGACGUGCUCCUCAUCAAGGAUCAUGAGAAGCUCGGCCCAGCGGGACAGGUCGUGACAGUCAAGCGAGGACGAUUCCGGAAUUGGUUGUUGCCGCGUGGCUACGCUGUCCGCCGAGACCCCGAGUUGGAGAACCAGUAUGUUGCCAAGAUCGAGGAGAACAAGGAGGUUCAGCGACAGGAAAACGCAAAGACGUUGGAGACGAAGAAGCAACUCGAGGGGCUCGGGAAGCUCACCAUCCCAAAGAGGAUCAAAGAGGGUACGGAUGGCGAGAUAUACGGUUCCCUCACGCCAACAAACGUCGGCGAGUUGCUGACCCAGAUGAGCGGCAUCCCGGUCAGGAUCAGCAGCAUCGAGGUUCCAAAGAUUGAAGCCAUUGGGACGUACACCGUGACCGUUCAGCUUUCGGCGCAGACCAAGGCCCUCAUAACGGUCGACAUCGUGCCGGAAGGACGUGGGGGCAACAGCGUACCACCCCCCUUCGGUUCGUGA